CUCUUUUCUAAACUGUUAACACCAUCGUCCAUCUUUCAGAGAAAGGGAAAAACAAUGUCGUCGAAGGUGGCUCUGAAGGCGAAAGGGAAAUCAAGCAAAGGAUCAAAGCCAUCACCUGAUAAUUCACCAUCAAAGCUCUUGAAGGAAUGGAGCACAUGGACCAUGAAGAAGGCUAAAGUCAUCACGCACUACGGAUUCAUUCCGUUGGUUAUCAUCAUCGGUAUGAACUCCGAGCCUAAACCCUCAAUUUCUCAGCUUCUCAGCCCCGUUUGAUCGGUAAUAAUCCUUCAGUAUUCGUCGACUUGAAUCCUGAAACGAAUCAAUUUACUCUAUGUUGAAAUAUCGACUGUUCCCGCGAGUUAGGGUUUAUAUUUUUCUGUUUUUUCGCAUCCUUCUGAUGGGUUCUUCCAGUUACCUGCUUGUCUCAUGAAGAAAUAAAAUUUAGGGAUUUUGUGAUGCAUCUAUCUUUAUUGAUAUCAAGUAUAUUAACUAUAUUUACAUACAAAUGGAUUUCUUGAUUUUGUUAUGUGCGAAAGAAAUUGGGGGUUUUUUUGUUUAUGAAA